AAUCUUGGUGAUGCAGCACAGUUAAAUCAUGAUGGGAUAAGGGGGAUACAUAAUGGAGUGCAAUUUUGUAUCGGAACAAGAUUAGGACAUGUAGGUAUCGUCACCAUUACGCGACCAAUCGCGAUGAUCAGUGAGGAUCGUGGGUUCGUCAAAGUCAGUCUUAAUGUGGCUUCAUUGGUUGGUUUGGCGGUGAUAAGCUCUUCUUCAUUGUCAUUACGGUACUGGAUACUUGAAUAUCUUGUCGUUAUUAUAUCUUCGGCCAUUGAUUUAUAA